UCCAGAAUUUCAAGAAUUCCGACAGCAAUUAGUAAUUAGAGAAGACAGGAAAGAUGAGAUUUUUCUGCUACUUCAACAGAUUUCUGCAUGACCACCCCACUUCAACCAAGCUUUUGCUUCUUUCUUCACUCAGCAGCGGAGGUGUAGUGGCGUAUGCAGAAGGGAAAAAGUCAGUUUCUCCACAGGAAAUUACACAAAAGAAAAGAGUGGUAGUUCUUGGAACAGGAUGGGCUGGUACUAGCUUCCUCAAAGAUCUCGACAUCUCCACGUACGACGUUCAGGUCGUUUCGCCUAGGAACUAUUUUGCGUUCACGCCGUUGCUGCCCAGCGUCACCUGUGGAACGGUCGAGGCACGGAGCAUCGUUGAGCCUGUUCGAAACAUCAUAAAGAAGAGGAACGGCGAAAUCAAGUUCUGGGAGGCGGAAUGCCUCAAGAUCGAUCCAGUGAAAAAAAGCGUCUUGUGCCGCUCCAACAUCGAUGAAAAUUUAGCUGGGAAUAAUGAGUUCUCUUUGGAAUACGAUUACUUAGUUAUAGCCAUUGGAGCUAAAGUGAAUACGUUCAACACUCCUGGCGUGAUGGAAAACUGCCAUUUCCUGAAGGAAGUCGAGGAUGCUCAGAGGAUCCGUCGGGCUGUAAUCGAUUGCUUUGAGAAGGCAGUUCUUCCGGGGCUGACUGAGGAAGAGCGAAGAACGAAUCUCCAUUUCGUGAUCGUAGGAGGGGGUCCGACCGGCGUGGAGUUUGCUGCGGAGCUUCAUGAUUUCGUUCAUGAAGAUCUGGUGAACAUCUAUCCCUCGGUUGGAGAUUUAGUGAGGAUAACUGUCAUACAAUCUGGGGACCAUAUUUUGAACACGUUUGAUGAAAGGAUAAGCUCAUUUGCCGAAUCGAAGUUUCAGAGAGAUGGUAUUGAAGUCCUAACAGGACACCGUGUCAUGAGCGUGUCAGAUCGAAUGAUUAAUAUGACAGCAAAAUCUACUGGAGAGGAUGUUGCCAUUCCUCAUGGAAUGGUUGUGUGGUCAACUGGGGUUGGAACUCGACCAGUUAUCCAGGACCUUAUGGAACAAAUUGAUCAGGGUAAUAGGCGUAUUCUAGCAACUGAUGAAUGGUUGCGAGUAAAGGGAUGUGCUGAUGUAUAUGCUCUUGGUGAUUGUACCACUGUAGAUCAGAAAAAGAUCGUGGAAGAUAUCUCGGAGAUAUUCAGGGCUGCAGACAAAGACAACUCCGGCACCUUAACCAUCGAGGAAUUCCAAGACGUGAUCGAAGAUGUGGUCAUCCGGUACCCGCAAGUGGAAUUGUACCUGAAGAGCAAGCAUCUGUUCAGUGUGUCCGACUUGCUCAAAGACAUGUACAGUAACAAUAGAGAAGAGAUAGACAUAGAAGAGUUCAAGUCGGCGUUAUCGCUUGUGGAUAAGCAGACCAAGAGCCUUCCUGCCACUGCUCAAGUUGCUGCUCAACAAGGUACUUAUCUUUCAAGCUGCUUCAACAAGAUGGAAAAAUGUAAGCAGAAUCCUGAGGGCCCUCGCAAGUUCAGGAGUGGCGGUCGUCAUGAAUUCCGUCCUUUCAGGUACCGACAUCUUGGGCAAUUCGCCCCCCUUGGUGGGGAGCAGGCAGCCGCUGAGUUGCCGGGAGACUGGGUUUCAAUGGGCCGUAGCACUCAGUGGCUUUGGUAUUCAGUAUAUGCAAGUAAGCAAGUGAGCUGGCGGACAAGGUUGCUAGUCAUGGGUGAUUGGUCGAGGAGAUACAUUUUCGGGAGAGAUUCAAGUCGCAUCUGAGAAAAGCUUCUGCUCCAUGUUGUCAAUUUCUAGCUCUUGAAUUUACACUGGUAUUCAACUCAGUGUUGUGAGAAUUCAACUUAGAAUUCACACUGAUUUUCAUAAUUUUAAUGUAAGCAAUAGGCCUUGAUCAUUAUGUUAACAAUAACAUCUAUUUGUCUAUGUAAUUGUUGAAUCUAAAACCGAAGACGUUUAAACAU